CCAAUCCCUCUUCAAGAAAUAUUGUUGCUUGUUGAUGUUUCCCUGGGGUGAAAGGGGUGGACGAUAAGGGCCACCAAGGCUGACAGGCGUUUUACAUACCGCCUUGGAUACCGCCCACAGCUACCGAUAACGGCCAUUCUCCAAACCUGAUAAAACCGGCAGAAGGGUAAGUCCACGAAGCUUCCCCGCGCUGAGAGCAAUUUCUAUUGUCUAAUCGGCUCCACUAUGAGCAGCCUGGCCUCGCCAUCCCGGCCCGGGUAUCGUGGAGACUUCCAUCAUCGGAAGGCUCGUUGGUCAGUGUGGAGGGUAUCGGAGGGUCCGGAGCAGCAUCGGAAGAUCCAUAUUUGAACCGAAAACACAUCUGUGGACCCAAGCACCUCAAACGUGGGGAGAAUGGCCGGGCCGGAAAAUGAAUGUGCGGAGGUGACUAUUGACUAAUAACCCCAGACAAACUCACCCCGUGGAGAAAGAAAAGCUGGGGAUGAACCAAGCUCAAAAGCCACAUUAUCCCUGAGAUUGGACAGACGUCUGCAGGGCUGCCUUUUGGUCUCAACAGUUAAUUUCUUCAUUUUUCGAUACGAAGGUCACGCGUCAAAGAACUGGGUAUGAUGGCCAAUGACGAGGUCACCAACACGGAAACCCAAACCGGCACAGGAAAUAAAGAGGACCGCGAUUUGAUAUCGAAAUACCAGGGAGAACACCGUCAAGAUGGGGACAAUUUUGACGCUGAGGAAAAACAAACCUACGGGGAGGUGAACCAACUUCCAGACCUUCAGCGGAGGCUAAGAAGCCGGCAUUUGCAAAUGAUUGCCUUUGGUGGUACAAUCGGAACUGGUUUAUUCAUUGGAAGUGGUACUGCGGUUGCCAUUGCUGGUCCUGUUGGGGCGCUGAUUGCGUACAUAUUUGUCGGCUCCAUCGUUUUUUCAGUUAUGGCUGCACUGGGAGAGAUGGCAACAUACCUUCCGAUUCCAGGGGCUUUUACAGCAUAUGCAAAUCGUCUGAUUGACCCUAGCCUAGGCUUUGCAAUGGGUUGGAUUUACUGGUUUUCCUGGGCGUCGACAUUUGCCCUCGAAUUAACCGCGACCGGUCUGAUCAUUCAGUACUGGAACGAAACUAUCCCAAUUGCUAUUUUCAUUGCUAUAUUCUGGGUGCUCAUCCUUGCACUGAAUAUGCUUCCAGUCAGUUUCUAUGGCGAGACUGAGUUUUGGCUGUCAAGCAUCAAGGUCGCCACUGUCGUUGGAUUUAUGAUAUUUGCCAUUUGUAUGAAUGCGGGAGUUGGUGCAGAAGGCUAUAUCGGGUUCCGCUACUGGGUUGAUCCAGGCCCCUUCAAAGCCUACUUGAUCGAAAGUAAUGGCCCCCUAGGAAAGUUCCUCGCAUUCUGGGCGGUUCUCAUCAAGGCUGGAUUUUCAUACCAAGGCACCGAGCUUGUUGGUAUUGCCGCGGCAGAGACUGAAAAUCCUCGCAAGAACGUCCCAUCAGCUAUUCGAAAAACUUUCUUCCGGAUCGUUUUCUUCUUUAUAUUAACCAUUUUCUUCAUUGGGAUUGUCGUGCCUUCCACUGAUGAACGAUUAACGGCUAGCGAAGGAUCUGGCGCUAGUGCGAACAAUGCUAACGCCUCACCCUUCGUCGUCGCGGCUAAGCGAGCAGGCGUGAACGUGCUACCUAGCAUCAUUAACGCCGUCUUGUUAACUGUGGUUCUCUCUGCCGCCAAUUCAAAUGUCUAUUCUGGAAGCCGAAUCCUUGUGGGCCUUUCUCAUGAUGGGUUUGCUCCCCUGAUUUUUGCGAGGACAACUAAGCAAGGCGUUCCCUACUGGAGUGUGCUAUUCACAGCCCUCUUUGGCCUACUAGGGUUUUUAAAUGUCUCCAACACCGGGAGCACAGUCUUCAAUUGGUUGAUGCAAAUUGCAGGUUUGGCAGGUUUUAUUACCUGGACAUCCCUAAACGUUUGUCAUCUAGGAUUCAUGAGGGCCUUCAAGGCGCAGGGAAUUUCCCGUGAUAUAUUGCCUUACAAGGGUCCCUUGCAGCCAUAUCUCUCAUGGUAUGGCUUGUUCUUCAACGUUCUGAUUAUAAUCACUCAGGGGUUUACCGCCUUCAUCCCCACGUUCAACGUGACCGACUUUUUCAUCGACUACCUUAGUCUCAUAUUGUUUGCUGCUCUCUAUAUCGGGCACAAGAUUGCUUUCCGACAGCCAUUGAUCAAACCCGAAGAGGCUGAUAUUUAUACCGGUCGGCUGGAAUUCGAAGAUUAGAAUACAUUAUAUAAAGAAUAUAUCUUAAGGAGCAGGAAUACAGUUUCAAAAAAAACUUCG